AAAGAAAACGGUGGGAGCAGGAACAUGGGAUGAACAGUGGGUUGAGUUGAGACAAGGAGAGGUUGUUUGUCAGGUUCUGUCUUUGUGGGGACAACCUUGUGAAACCUUUGCCUCGGUGUACCUAUAUUUGUCCUUUUGAUGGACUCACCAAUGCGUUUCUUUUUCCCCCUUUCCACAGCAAUCUGGUCUCUUCUUUCCUUCAGAAAAAAAAAGUGUUGUGGAUUCUUUUCUUUUGCCUAUUUAUUUUCUCUGACUUCUGUUAUCACCUUUCCCUCUUUUCCUCCCUUCACUGACAUUGUUAGUCUGAUUAAACUAAAUUCAUUGUAACAAUGGAUGGUUCUUCUGUUUCUGUUUCAAGCCCAGAACCAGAUUCUUCCUCUGACUUUGUUGAAGUUGAUCCUACUGGAAGAUAUGGAAGGUACAAUGAAAUUCUUGGAAAAGGAGCUUCCAAGACAGUUUAUAAAGCCUUUGAUGAGUAUGAAGGGAUUGAGGUGGCAUGGAAUCAGGUGAAGCUUUAUGAUUUCUUGCAGAGUCCUGAAGAACUUGGGAGGCUUUACUGUGAAAUUCACUUGCUUAAGACAUUGAAACACAAGAGCAUCAUGAAAUUCUACACUUCUUGGGUUGAUACAACUAAUAGAAACAUCAACUUUGUCACUGAAAUGUUUUCCUCUGGUACUCUCAGGCAGUAUAGGCUAAAACAUAAGAGAGUUCAUAUUAGAGCUGUGAAGCAUUGGUGUAGACAAAUUUUGAUGGGGCUUCUUUAUCUCCACAGCCGUAACCCACCUGUAAUUCACAGAGAUCUCAAAUGUGACAACAUUUUUGUUAAUGGAAACCAAGGUGAAGUUAAGAUUGGUGAUCUUGGCCUCGCUGCAAUCCUCCGCAGAUCUCAUGCUGCUUGUUGUGUUGGAACUCCAGAGUUUAUGGCUCCGGAGGUGUAUGCAGAGGAAUACAAUGAAUUAGUUGACAUAUACUCUUUUGGAAUGUGCGUUUUGGAGAUGAUCACCUUUGAGUAUCCAUAUAGUGAAUGUAAUCAUCCUGCUCAAAUUUACAAGAAAGUUGUUUCUGGCAAAAAACCAGAAGCUUUAUAUAAAAUACGUGAUCCUGAGGUGCGGCAAUUUAUUGAGAAGUGCUUGGCUACCGUGACUUCCAGGCUUCCUGCUAGGGAGCUUUUGAGAGACCCUUUUCUCCAAAUUGAUGAACAUGACUGUGACUCAAGGCCUAUCUUGUAUCAGAGUGACUGCGAUGAAAUAGGCCCUUUCCUCAGACAACCUCUAAAUGGAAAUCAUCACACCGGCAGCUCUUUGGGCAAUGGAUAUGUUAAUUAUAUUGGUUAUGAUCCUGAGAAUGAUUUAGAUUACCAUCCACUCAAUGAAAUUGAUGACUUGACUUGUCAAGAGGAUGAUCAUUUGUCAGGUUCUGAUAUCUCAAUCAAAGGUAAAAGGAGAGAAAAUGGUGGCAUCUUUUUGACACUAAGAAUUUCAGAUCAAGAAGGUUGCAUUCGAAACAUCUAUUUCCCAUUUGAUAUUGAGGCCGACACAGCAUUGAGUGUAGCUACUGAAAUGGUAUCAGAGCUUGACAUUACUGAUCAAGAUGUGAAAAAAAUAGCAGAAAUCAUAGAUGCUGAAAUUGCGGCCUUAGUACCAGGGUGGAAGAGGGGACCGGGGAUAGGAGAAAGCCCACAUUGCAGUAGUUUCUGUCACAGUUUUUCCUAUGGUUGCUUACGAGAUUUUGUUGCAUCAGAUCAUUCUGGAACCAAGAACCUUCAGGAUCUUCAGUGUUCUAAACAUGGAACUGCUGCUUUCCAUGGACGAUUUGAAGAGAUUACAUACCAAGUUGGUGAGGCAGAACAAUGUGGUAAAGGAGUGGCUGCAUCAAGAGAAUCUGAUGCCAUCCAUUAUGCAGAUAUCUGGGCUGAGCGAGAAGGACCAGAUAUAAGUUCUCUAGGUUCAAGAGACAUCCACUGUGAUGCGGUGGGUGAAACAUUGGACAAAUCAACCCUGGGAAUGGAAGAGAAGAUUAUAAAUAUGGAUGGUCAAAGUGAAUCUAGUUCAAGAAAUUCUUUCUCCAUGUACUCUUCAGAGGAAUGUUGUUUUUUAGAUGAUUAUGAAAAUGAGAUUAGGAGAGAGCUAAGGUGGCUUAAAGCGAAGCAUCAAAUGCAGUUGAGGGAGCUUAGAGAUCAAGAAUUAGUUGUCAAAUCCAAAUCUUCCAGCUCAACCCUGAUUUCUGAUGACAAAGAGCAUGUGAAAGAUCACAACACUUCUCUAUCACCAGUUUUACACAGAAGUGAAAACAGUAAACCCCUCCAGAGAUCAAUGUCCUCUAAAAAGUUAACUUCAUCUCUCCCUGUUAAAGAUGUGAAGAAAUGUGGUAGUUUGGCCAACCAAAGGGUCCAAAGUUAUGAACCACUCAACUGGCCUUGUAGUCCGGAGUCGAUGAUCACUGACAAUAACUACUAUUCAGGAGCCUUGCUUCCACACUCCCUCCACAGGGCAACUUCUCUUCCAGUUGAUGCUGUAGAUGUUUGAAAGCCUGUAAAGUUGUCUAAAACUUCACCAGCUUUACCCUGUUCUGAGAUCAUGUCGAUGGAUAUGCUUGCACAAGCAGAAAUGUAACCCUUUUUCGGAGUAUCUAAAGCCUGUCUCCACUACCUGUGCUUUUUGAAGGUGAAUAUCUCAGUUAAUCUACAUUACCCACUAAUGAUAAUAUCAAACUAAACCAGGUUUUCUGAAGCCUGUUCCAUUUA